ACAUCAGGCACCUGUGAUAAUUAAAUCUUUCAUGUAAUUCAGGACAUAUUUAAUGCUGUAUUACUGAGUAUAAAGGAGGAGUGGUGCCCCAGCAGCACCCUGCAGCUGUCGAAGAGUCACGGCUCUGUGCUGAUGUUGUGCAGAAACGGGGCGGACGUUAGGACCCGUGGAGUCCCUCCUGUGGAAUAAUAAAAGUUGGAGGGUCCGUCGACGUGCGACGGAGUCAAAGUGUAUCCCGACCCUGCUGCUGCUGUGUGCACGUUGCAGUGGUGCAGCAGCAGCGGCAACAGAAGCAGUGUGUAGCGGGGUAUGUGUGGGCGUGGGUGUGGGUGUGUGUCCGCCGCUGAGUGUCUUCACUCUGCAGCCUGAUCUGUUCUGUCUGUGUUUUCCGGAAGACAGGGUGUGAAACAUGGGACAGAGCUCCGGUCAGCAGCUGAUCCUGAAACACACCUAACAGAGGAGAGUCUCCACCUCUGGUGCUGACAGGGACACAAUCAGACUGGCACCGCGCCUGGAUGGGACCUGCGUGAUCCCUGCGGACCGUCGGACCGGGAGGCUGCUGCUGCUGCGUGUUCGGCUCUGCUGAGACCCAGAUCUCUGCGACGGCAGCCUGGCCCAGGCCACGUUGAUGCUGGUGGGUGCUCUAGGGCUCUCUCACUGCCACCUGCUCCUGCACCACUCCCACCUACUCAGCCGCCAUGGCUAUGAGCAGUGACCCUGGCUGUGAGAGGCUGGACCCCGACUCUUCCACACAGGCCAGUAGUCUCACAGACAUCAUGGCUGCCAUGACCACAAAAGACUUGGACGACUCAGCUGCCAACGGCUCGAAGAGCAGCAGGGCUCCGCAGGACGGGGCUCAGGGCAAGAGGACACACCCAAUGCGGCCUCACCUGACUGGGAGGAAGCUGUCGCUGCAGGAGAGGGGUACCUACCUGUCAGGCUCUGGAGGAAGCUACACCCACAUUUCCCCUCGUGUGGCUCGCAGGCCCACAGUAGAGUCUAAACGUGUCUCCAUAUCAGACUCUCAGGACUGUAUCCAGCUGAACCAGUAUAAGCUGAAGAGUGAGAUUGGAAAGGGCUCUUACGGUGUGGUCAAACUUGCCUACAAUGAAGAUGAUGACAAACACUAUGCCAUGAAGGUGGUGUCCAAGAAGAAGUUAAUGAAACAGUGUGGUUUUCCACGUCGCCCACCCCCAAGAGGACCAAAGGCAGCCCAGGGGGAGCAUCCCAAAAUCUUAGGACCCCUGGAAAGGGUCUACCAAGAGAUUGCCAUCCUUAAAAAACUUGACCAUGUCAACAUUGUAAAGCUGGUGGAGGUGCUAGACGAUCCAUCGGAGGACAAUCUUCACAUGGUGUUUGAGUUGAUGCGUAAAGGUCCAGUGAUGGAGGUGCCCUCAGAUGAACCUUUGUCAGAAGAGCAAGCUCGCUUGUACUUCAGAGACGUCAUCCUGGGCAUGGAGUACUUGCACUACCAGAAGAUUGUCCAUCGGGACAUCAAGCCUUCUAACUUGUUACUGGGGGAUGAUGGCCAUGUGAAGAUAGCAGACUUUGGCGUCAGCAACCAGUUUGAGGGCAACGACGCAUUGCUAUCCAGCACUGCUGGCACUCCUGCAUUUAUGGCACCAGAGACCUUGUCAGAUAAGCGCAAGAGUUUCAGUGGCAAAGCACUGGAUGUGUGGGCCAUGGGAGUUACCCUCUACUGCUUCGUCUUUGGGAAGUGCCCGUUUAUUGACGAGUACAUAUUGGCUUUGCACAAUAAGAUAAGGACCAAGCUUGUGGAUUUCCCAGAGAUACCAAAGAUCAGUGAAGAGCUGCGGACUCUGAUCUUGCGAAUGCUAGAUAAAAACCCAGACACCAGGAUCACCCUUCCUGAGAUCAAGAUGGACCAGUGGGUGACCCAGGGAGGCACUGACCCCUUGCCACUGGAGGAGGAGCACUGCUCGGUGGUGGAGGUUACAGAGGAGGAUAUCCAGAACUCAGUGAAGUUUGUUCCCAGCCUCUCUGCAGUGAUCUUGGUAAAAGCCAUGCUGAGGAAACGCUCCUUCAGUAACCCCUUUGAGUGUCCGAGCAGGCGGGAGGAGAGGUCCAUGUCUGCACCAAGCAGUCUGCUUAUGGACUCGUGGCCCUUCCGGCCCACUUUAAAACUUCACCCCUCACUCAGAAAGGGCAGCACAGGAGAAGGACCCAGAGAAGGAGAACUGGAGGACCUAUAUGAAGAUGAGCCAUCCUCUUGAGUCUUAAUGGCACUCCUGUAAACAGAGCUUUGUCUGAAACACCAUCUGCUUUACAUCCCUUUGACUGAACCACUGCGCACUUAGGCCUUCUUCCAAGCUUUUCUUUCAAGUUAGUGACACAAUAUCAGUCUGUACACGUGAGAUUUAAAAACUCAAGCUUUUCAAUCGUACAUAUUGCUUGUGUUAACAUUCAGUUGAUCAGACUUGAUUUUUCUUUUGCUUCCAGUUAGCCUGAUAAAACCUGCUUUUACCCCCAUUUUUGCAGCUCCACUGUGGAGUUUGUAAGUUUAAUCUUUCUUGUCUUAACGGCUCAACCACUUCCUGUUGUGACUGGCAUCAAGUGGACCAUUUGAGGAACUCUUCCAAUCCUCUGGAUCAUUACCAGUUCAAAUCAGUGUUGCAGGAAAAGAUGAGAACAUGUUUGUCAGCGGGGUUUACACUGAUGUAAAAAAAAAGAAAACUUUUUUAUCUUCAUGCAUGGUGAAUAAUUAGACAUGUUCAUUAGACUAUCUACAGCUAUCUGUCACAAUCACAAGGAGAAAAGACUUAAGCAUGUACAUGACAUUGUAUUGUGUUUUCAGUGGACUUGCAGGCUUUUAUUUCCUGGUCAGUGGUCAGUUAUUUUUAAGAUUGUACAUAGACGUCUUGAAGUGUGUUCUGUGUGAUUGUCAUGCCCCUUUUCUUGUAUCUGUGCCAUUGGUCACUUUUUUUUAAAGCGGGGUCAUAAAGGUCCUUUCUUUCCUGCGUUCACAGACCUUGACCAGCACAACUUCUCUGAUUAUCUGGCUGUCAGAGGGCAAUCAUGGUGGGAGGACGGUGGCUUUGCUGUGCUUGAAAACAUUUCAAAGUGAUUUUCUCUGCCACGUGAUUUAUAAUUAUGUUUGUGUUAGGGGUCAUUCCACGCUUCUUCUCCUACUCCUAUUUUUCUGUGUUGUUUUGUCUCAUGAGGUCUCCUCUCCAACACUGUUGGGUUUGAUGUGUCGCUAUUGUGACAGAAAUUAGAAAAUUUUGAAGUGCAUCUUGUUUGGAUGGCGAGUGUGAAGAGAUGGAAAAAACUAAUGUGAUUGCCUAUACUGUGUGUAUAUCCAAUUUAAAGCAUAUUCUACAACAUUCUUGGAUGCAGAGUGGAUUUUAAAGCAUAAGUAAUCUCAGUGUUCAAACUACACAUCGAUGAGUUCCCUUGCAGAAGACAUUGAAUGAACUCAUAUGAGGUUAUCUAACAUAAAGGGAGUGUAACAAAUUUUUCAGAGGGAAAGCUGUGCAUGUUUGCUUUUUGCUCUAGGAAGUGACCUUUUUUAGCCAAACAGAGAAGGUUCUUUUUGUUUUUUAAUGACCAACAUUUUUAUGCCAGUAAUCUCUUGUGGGAUUAAUUCUUAAAAAACAAAGGAAUCAGGUCACAGUCUGUGGCUCUGGUGUGCACAGUGAGUCAUAAAAGUGCACUAUGCCAAUUAGACCUUAUCCUUUUUGUUAAGAGAAUUCUGAUGUUGCAAUUAUGAGAAAACUAGCUCAUAAUUACAGGAUAAUGUACAAUAGACUAAUGGUGCAGAAACACUACAGAAACUGCCUGGGAAUAUUCAGCAUCAUCAACAAACAGUGGAUUUAGUGUACUUGACUCCCCAAAUGUGCACAAUAAUAAGCUAAUGUUGCAGCGUAUAGUGCAACAUUAUACUUCCUGCUUCUAGAAAUAGAUUUAAUUUGUUCACACCGGUGAAGACUUUAAAUGUGACUUCUUUUUUUUUUUUUUUUUUUUUUUUUAGAAUACUCCUCAUUAUGAAAGAGCAAGUCAAUUACAAGAUUUGUAUAAUUACAAGACAGAUAUCUCCAUACAUAUAUAGAUGACCCAUGAUCUAAUCAAUUUCAUUGUUUUUCUGUCUUUACCAUGAAUGCAGAAACUGCUAAUUCCACCUCAGAUUUGCCGAUUUGCGGGAUGAUUGCUAUGGUGAAAAAAAUGAAUCCAUUAAUUUGUUAGGCUUCAAGGCUGAUCACAUGGUCUAAACUUCUCAGGCCUUGCCUUUCUCACUUUCACCAAUACAGCACCGUAAGUCUUUUGAAAUCAGGUGGGUACAGUUUAUUGUUGAGUCAAGGUUAGGAUCCAAGAAAAAGUAAAUAGUUUGUGCAAUGUAAAAAGUUAAAAUAUAAGAUUUAACCUCCCUCCACAAAUAUCUUGGCUUGUAAUUUUCAUGCAGACCCUGACUAGUUAGUCCUGGCUGACUAGUCCUGGCUGGUUAGGUCCAACAAACUAUGCUGAAAUUGUAAAUCAUUCUAAUCCUUUGAGAUGUUGGUGUGAUGGAUAAAUGAAAGAGAAGUGUAUUUAUUUUAUGUGAUUUCACUGUUUGUCAUUCCACAUGUCUAAUGCCAGAUCUGUUAUUUGGUCUACAGUAAAUGAGAAAAGUUCUUCCUGAGCCGCAGCUUUGCCUCAGAUACACUCCCCUCCAAAAGUAUUUAAACACUGUGGCCAAUCCCUUUAUUUUUUACUGUCGACUGAAAACAUUUGGGUUGACAUCAAAUGAUGAAUUUGAAAUGAGAUCACCAUUUCAGCUUUUAUUUCCAGGUAUGUACAUCUGGAUCUGAUACAUAACUUAGACAUUCUACUUUUGUGAUGCUUUUUCAGGCUCUCACUGCAGCCUCUUUCAGUUGUUUGUUCUGGGCGGUUACUCCCUUCAGUCUUCUUUUUAGCAGGUAAAAUGCAGUUCUAUAGCGUUUAAGUCUGGAGAUUGACUUGACCAGUCUACAGCCUUCGACUUCUUGCCCCUGAUGAACUCCUUCAUCAUUUUGGCAAUUUGUUUUGGGUCAUUAUCUUGUUGCAUGAUGAAGGAUCUCCUCAUAACUUUGGUUGUAUCUUUCUUUAAAUUGACAGACAAAAUGUUUCUGUAGACUUCUGAGAUAAUUUUGCUAUUGUCAUCAUGUGUUACAUCAUCAAUGAAGGUUAAUGAGUAGGUCCCAGAAGAAGUCAUGCAAGCCCUAGACAUAACAUUAACUCCAGUGUGUUUCACAGAUGAGCUUGAAUGUUUGGGAUCAUGAGCAGAUCCUUUCUUUCUCCAAACGUUAGCCUUUCCAUCACUUUGCUAAAGGUUCAUCUUUGUCUCAUCAGUCCAUAAAACUUUGUCCCAGAAUUUUUGAGGUUCGUCUCUAUACUUUUUUGCCAAAUUCCAGCCUGGCCAUCCUGUUCCUCUUGUUAAUGAGUGGUAUGCAUCUUCUGUUGUAGCCUCUGUACUUUUGUUCAUGACUUCUUCUGCUAACAGUAGAUUGUGAUACCUUCACUCCUGCCAUCUGGAGGUUGUUGCCAAUGUCACCAGCAGUUGUUUCAGGGUCUUUCUUUAUAGCUCUCACAACAUUUCUGUCGUCAACUGCUGCUGUCUUCCUUGGUCUACCCGUUAGACAUCUGUUACUUAGUACACUGGUUUCUUUCUUCUUCAGGGCAUUCUAAACGGUUGUGCUGGCUAUGGCCAAUGUUUGUGCAAUGGCUCUGAUGGAUUUUCUAUCUUUUCGCCCAUAGACAGCUCUCUGGUUUUGAUGUUGGUUACACCUCUAACUAUAGAUGCAGUCUACACAGGCAAAACCCAAAUCUGAAACUAAACGUAAACAUUGAGCACUAUUUAUUGUUUGAAUAAUCAAGGUAAGAGGACACACCGGGGCAACAAAAGACACCUUGUCAGGCACAUGUUCCAAUACUUUUGCUCAUAUGAAAAAUGGGUGGGUUCAAACAACAGGUGCUAUCUUCUAAGUUGUAUAUCACAUCCAGAUGUAAAUACCUGGAAAUAAAAGCUGAAAUGUUGAUCUUUUGUCUCAUAUUCAUUGUUUGAUGUCAAAUACAAAUGUUUUCAGUCUACAACAAAAAUAAAGGAAUUGGCCUCACUAUUCCAAUACUUUUGGAGGGGACUGUAGGUAUUUAUGAAGCUCCUCUGCCACCACCCUGGCACGUUGCCCCUGUGAAAGAAAGACAUGUUAGCUAGCGGAGGGCUCUGCUCCCAAUCAAUGCCAUGAUUAGGCUCAGGCUGCCAACAAACACUUCUCCGCCCACUUCAGCGCCAUCCCCAAAGUGGCUGAUUAGAGACAGAGUGCAACCCUUUGCAUCUCUUCUAUUAGUGCUGCCGUCAGUGUCCUGCAGUGAUGGAUGAGGUGCAGAGGACGGACAAGUGGAGUCUAAAAGAAAAAAGCUCUUCACAUGGCACUGCUGAGCUGCUGUGUUUGGAGGUUUAUGGCCACAGAGGCAUAAAAAUCAUGGAUGGCGUUGACAUUAGAGCAUAAAUUCUAUUAUCAUGUGGCUACUGGAGAAUGUAAAGCUUUGUAUUUGUUUUUAUAUUAAUGUUCAGUGAAAGAUGUAAUUGAGACAAAUCUGAAUGAAAGUAAACACUGAUAGGAGUUGGAGUUACAUGUCUGUAUGCAGAGUGGUCUUCUGUGAGGGUCUGUUUGAACCAAAAAGUGUGAGAUGAUGUGUUAGAUUUGCUGUAUUUAUUUGCUUAAAACCACUUCUUAAGAGUGUUCUUUUAAUCUGCCAUUUGUGUAUCGGUGUCAGAGGUGCAAUAUUGUUGUUGUCUUUGUCAUCGCUGCCUCAUUCCUCUGCUGUCAGACCACUCAGGCCACUCCUCCUUUAAUGUUGUUGAGAGAUUAGCACUGCUUACAUUUAAAUAUUUGCACUUUUCCACUUACAGAUACAUAUUGUGAUGACAUUGAACCAUAGUGGCAGCCGUUUCACCAUAUAUAGUUUAUGAUAAAGAGGAAAAACUGUGGUUCACCUGUAAAAGACCACAUUUACUGUGCUAUUAAAUGCAUUACUCUUUACUAUUGAUCUGCAUGUCACAGCAUUGCUACUUGGUUUUUGAGACCUUUUUAUAAUUGAUUUCUCCUGUCUGUGUUAUAAGGUUGUAAAAGCUGCAAGAUUGGUUUUAAAUAGUUGGGGGUUUUUUUGUGCAUAUCCAUACUAGAGCAGAAUACUGAAUGUUGUAUAACUGGGGCAAAGGAACUUCUAGGUUUUACUGUUGAAAAUAUGCUGAAACACUGUAAAAAAAAAAUAAAUAAAUAAAAAACCUCUUUAUGAGUACAGGAUCAGGUAGAAGGGACUGCUUUGUGUUCAGGAUCUUUUAAAGAGACACAGUAAUGGAUGAUCACAAGCUGCCCUUGAUGAUGAAACAUUUAAUCCUCGAGAUAUGGAGCAGUUACUUUGUUACGUCUGUUUUCUGUCUAUCAUCUAGUUAGUUAUCAGUAUAAAUCUACAGCACCUGUAUUUGGGGCAGAUUACACUACCAUUUAAAGUUUACUUCCCGUAUUGAGGCAUGCAAGAAAAAGCAAAAUCCUUUUUUCAUUAUUGCUUAGUCCGAUAUGUGUCAGUCAGUAUGCACAAGUCACAUUUCUUUCUGCCUGGAGAGAGGUCCCUUUAAAUUUUUGCCAAUUUUCACUGAAUGUUUUUCUUUUUUGUACAUGUAACACUCAAAACCCCUGAACGCAUCAUGUUUGGGUGGUUCUGCAGCACAUAAAUCCAAAAGGCCAUAACUCUGUGGCCACCUGUAAAUGCAGCAUAAUUCAUCCUUCAUACUUCCAGGUUUCAGGUGGCAGAUCUGUGAUCCCCAUGUACAACAAUGGCUCAAACAUACAAACUGUGCAGCCCAGACAGAGGUUUACUCUCUCAAUAAAUGCUCUCCAGCUUUGUGUUGUUGCUGCAGAGAAUCACAGGAGGGAGAAAAAUCAACGAGUGCAGUUACUGAAGCACAGAGUGGGUGGCAGGGCUAAUUUAUAUCAUGAUUUCAGGUCAUAAUUAUAUCCAAAGGAGAAGGACUGAGGAAGAGUGUGUACAUAGUAUGAAGUCAGGGACUGUGCGAUCACUGCUGUUUUGUGACUGUCCUGAUGUGUUGAAGGUGCCUGCUGUCUCUGUGUUUGUGUCUCAUGUCGUCUCGUGGAUUUCUCUGAAUGUACUCACUCGCCUGUGUCAAGUCGCAAAAAUGAAAGCAUGGCACAUCCCUAUGGAAUGCAGUUAUUACAAUGUAAAUAUGUACCUAUAUAUAUAAUGAGCUAUUUUUUGCAUGCUUUUUGUACACCUAAACAUAAAGACAGUAAAUAAAUAAAAAACCUGAAUCUGUUUGA